CGCGGUGCUUAUAGCGGUCCAGUUGUGAUCGAGCCUCAGAGAGCGAAGCUGAUCAAGCUGUGAAGUGUAGGAUUGUUGGGGUUGUGCUAGCGUAGCGUGCUGUUGGUACCAUUAAUAUUUCAGACGAUUGCAACCCUGUAACAGCGGUAGGUACAGGUGUUUCCAGCGGGGAGAAUCUAGUCUAGGGGGCUGUUAUAGACCCGAAAGUUAAUCUAGUGAAUUGCCUGGUGAAGAGGCGAAACAUGGGGAGCAUACCGGCGCUGUCGGUUCUAAUCUUGGGCAUCGUAGCCCCAGCUCUGGCCGGAUACAUUGAGGCUCUGGCAGCGAACGCAGGCACGGGGUUUGCAGUGGCCGAGCCCCAGGUGGCCAUGUUCUGCGGGAAGCUCAACAUGCACGUCAACAUCCAGACCGGCAACUGGGAGCCAGACACCUCGGGAACCAAGAGCUGCCUGGGAACCAAGGAGGCCGUGCUGCACUACUGUCAGGAGAUGUACCCUGAGCUGCAGAUCACCAACGUAGUGGAAGCCAACCAGCCAAUGAGGAUUGAGAACUGGUGCAAGAAGGGGAAGAAGCAGUGCAAAGACCACGCCCACAUUGUGGUCCCCUACAAAUGCCUGGUCGGUGAGUUUGUGAGCGACGUGUUGCUGGUUCCUGAAAAGUGCAAGUUCUUCCACAAGGAGAGGAUGGACGUGUGCGAGAGUCACCAGCACUGGCACGGAGUGGCCAAGGAGGCCUGCUCCAGCGACUUGAUGAUCCUGCACAGCUAUGGCAUGCUGCUGCCCUGCGGCAUCGACAACUUCCACGGCACAGAGUACGUGUGCUGCCCUCAGAACAGGCUGGGAGACGAGCCCAGCCUGCCCCGAGAGAGCCCUGCCCAGGAGGAGGAGGGGGAGGAGGAGGGGAGGGAUGAUGACGAGGAGGAAGAUGAUGAUGAUGAGGAGGAGGAAGAGGAUUUCAUGGCUAAGAGUGAGGUGCCCACAGAGACGGAGCGUGACGAGGGAGAGGAAGGUGCGAGGGACGAGCCUCAGGAAGAGCAGGAGGAGGAAGAGGAGGAUCUGGACUAUGUGUACGAGGAUGAGGAAGAGGACUACAGAGACACAGAGGAACGCAAGACCACACAGGACAGGAGCCCCGCAGACAAGGAGUCCCAGGAUCUCAAGGCUGUCUGCUCUCUGGACGCUGAGACCGGGCCGUGCCGCGCCAUGAUGCCUCGCUGGUACUUCGACCUUGACGCCCGGAGGUGCGUGCGAUUCGUCUACGGGGGCUGCGCCGGCAACCGCAACAAUUUUGAGUCUGAGGAGUACUGCAUGGCCGUGUGCAAGCACAUGAUCCCCCCCACCCCCCAGCCCACGGACGACGUGGACGUGUACUUCGAGACCCCGGCCGAUGAGAACGAGCACGCCCGCUUCCAGAGAGCCAAGGAGCAGCUGGAGGUGCGCCACCGGAACCGCAUGGAGAGGGUGAGGAAGGAGUGGGAGGAGGCUGAGAGACAAGCCAAGAACCUACCCAAGGCUGAGAGGCAGACCCUCAUCCAGCACUUCCAGACGAUGGUGGAGUCUCUGGAGCAGGAGGCUGCCAGUGAGAAGCAGCAGCUGGUGGAGACGCACCUGGCGCGGGUUGAAGCCAUGCUGAACGAUCGGCGCCGCCUGGCUCUGGAGAACUACCUGGCAGCGCUGCAGGCCGACCCGCCCAGGCCCCAUCGUAUCCUGCAGGCUCUGAAGAGAUACGUCCGUGCUGAGAACAAGGAUCGCCAGCACACCUUCCGCCACUACCAGCACCUGCUGGCCGUCGACCCCGAGAAGGCUGAGCAGAUGAAGUCUCAGGUGAUGACGCACCUCCGUGUGAUUGAGGAGCGGAUGAACCAGAGCCUGUCUCUGCUCUACAAAGUGCCGUACGUGGCAGAGGAGAUACAGGGAGAGAUUGACGUGCUGCUGCAGGAACAGAGAGCCGAUAUGGACCAGUUUGUGUCAUCGCUGUCGGAGUCCCAGCCAGACGUCACGGUGUCCUCAGAGGAAAGCGAUGAGCUUCCGGCCGUGGAGGGCAAACCCUACCGACCGGUCCAGGUCAAGACUAUGGGAUCCCAGCCCGAACUGGAGGAUUCACCCAGGGCCAUGAAGAAAGGUUCUGGGACGGCUGGUCUGGACGGGCUGAUCGGAGCGGAGGAGAGGGCGAUCAACAGCAAGAACAAGAUGAGUGAGAACGUGGUUAUUGAUGAGACGCUGGAUGUUAAAGAGGUCAUUUUCAAUGCAGAGAGAGUCAGCGGUGUGGAUGAGGACUUGGUCUCCUACAGGCCCCUGGGAGAAUUUAGCUUCAGCAGCAGUGCCCUGAUUGGCCUGCUGGUGAUCGCCGUGGCGAUCGCUACGGUGAUUGUGAUCAGCCUGGUGCUGCUGAGGAAGAGGCAGUAUGGGACCAUCAGCCACGGGAUUGUGGAGGUGGACCCCAUGCUGACCCCUGAAGAGCGCCACCUCAGUAAAAUGCAGAACCAUGGGUACGAGAACCCCACUUACAAAUACCUGGAGCAGAUGCAGAUCUGAGUGCCCCAGCCACAAGGGGGCGCCCUGGAGGAGAGGGGAGGAUAUACUACUGACCAAUAACAAUACUGUUCGCUUCCAGUGGAUCACACUCUGCAUCCUGGUUCAAGUGUGGCUCAUUUUCAAGUAAUUAUCUAACUACUACAACUGUAGAGCAGACAACUUCAGCUUAUUUUAUGUACAAAGUGUAACAGUCUUUUAAAGACGAGAGAAGCGAAUUAAUAAUGAGAAGAUUCAUGAUCUUCACGACGUUUGAUCUGAGAUGUAGUUUUUCCUUUUUAAAAAAAUCGGCGAAAUACAAAUAAUUGCUAGUCUUGAAAAUGCAGCUUUUUGGUUUUAACGUGAUCGCUAAACUACAGCCUGUAAUAGUUAUUCGAAGAUGUCGAUUUUUCUCUGUAAUAGACUGCUUUUACAUGAAGGUUAUUUGUACUGAUUUUAUGUAGUGAAAAAAAAAAAUCAUUUUUUUAUUUUCUGUUCUAUGCUAUUAUGACAAAGAAAAAAUAUAUAUAUAUAUAUUAGUGGGUUUUUUUUCUCUCUCCUCAUCCCAAUAAACGACUUCUCUUGAGUUUUAAACGUAGUGAUUUAGGCAUUGUACAGCAGCCUGGUGAUCCUGUGUGGAGGAUUCAGCGAGAUUUAAACAGGUCUCUGAUUCGAAGGAUACUUUGGCAUUGAGCCCUGAUUUGUGCAGUGGACUUCGAUUUACCCCCCUUCCCCUCCCUUUACCAGGUUGAGACAUCAACCCUCAACACUUAAACACCCCCCUUCCCAAGCAAAGCCUGUCCGUUGUGGCUGGGAUUAAUUUGAACCCGUCGCUGUGUUUGGCUACUGCCAGCAUUCUAGCGUUGCAAAUGCCAUGGACACAUAUGUUGCAUUACCCCCUCCACCCCCACACAGUCGAAGUGGGCUACCUAACGCCCCUGCAAAGGUUACAGGGAGUCUCUGGUUUUAUCCCAGAUAGAAAUGUCUACAUUUCAGCUCCUGUAGCAUUCUGUAAUAACCAGGCUUGGAGAUCAGCUUUGAAUAGGAUGUCUGCAGUUCCUGUUGUUUGCUUUCGCAAGUACAGUGACACCUUGUGGUUCCUUGGGGGUACUGCGUGCACAGAAAGAAGUUGAGUUGAUGGGCUGUUUGAAGUGGGGGAGGGGCAGGUGGGGGCUGUUUGCACAAGUGAACUGGGGGAGGAGGGAGUUCCCUUUUUGAAUUGUUAUCCUGAACAAUUCUUUUAAAAGUUCCCUUUUUAAAGGGAAAGAACCCGAGGAAAGUGCGCUGAAUCCUUGUCUACAUGGUAAUGUGUUUGUAUGCCUGUGUGGUUGAUGUCAUGGCUUUCUAUCGAGGUUCUGGUAACCUGUGGCGUAAUAAUAAUACAGUUUUUAUUUGUAUUUGUUUCCUGUGAAGAUUAUCUCCUCUGUGUGUUACUGUUCCACUAUGCACCAAAACAGCUUCUUUAUCCUGUAACUCCUGCUUGAUUGCAGAAAGAAAAACAUUAUAAAAAGGGGGGGAUGAAAUGAAAUUGAAAACAAAUUCUAAUUAAGGGGAAAAACACAUCAAUAAACACUACUACUUCCAUAGAAAA